UCAAAUAAGAUAACGAUUCGUUUUAUUCUCAAUACUUAUGUUCAUGUUGUAAAUAUAUUUAACAUAUAAGUUAUGAAAAUUUUAUUUCUUCUUAAAUAUUCAAAUUCGGAUAUUCUACAUGAAUAAAACAAAUAACUAUGGUCUGUUUCUUCCAUUAUAUUUAUACCUUUCGAAUGCCAAAUCGUUAAAUACAUAACCUAACUAUUAAAUCACAACAUUCACCGGCACAGUACAUAAAUAAAUAAAUAAAUAUUAUAAUUUAUUAAAAUAAUUAAAAUGUAUAAAACAAUGGUUUCAUUAAAGUUAAUAUUGUUGAUAUUAUUAAGUGGCUUUAGUACAAUAGUUAUAUAUUUUCAAGUUCAAAUCAAUAAACUGGAGCAAAAUAAACAAAUAUUAGAAUCUAGAAUAGCGCAAAUACAAUCAGAAAGUCAAUUGUUACUUAAAUCACAAACGGCUGAAAGUGCACAUUUAAGUACUAAUAUUAAAGCAGUCGAUAAUCUGGUUGUGAUUUAUAAUCGUGUGCCGAAAACAGGAUCCACUAGUUUUGUUGGUAUACCGUAUGAUUUAUGUAAAAAGAAUAAGUUUCAUGUGCUUCAUAUAAAUAUUACUGCGAAUAUGCAUGUAUUAUCUUUGCCAAAUCAGUAUAAAUUUGUGCAAAAUAUAACACAUUGGGAUGCUAUGAAACCAGCGUUGUAUCAUGGACACCUUGCAUUUUUAGACUUUACAAGACUUGGUGCAUCCGAACAACCCACGUACAUAAAUAUAAUAAGAAAGCCGUUAGAUAGACUUAUUUCUUAUUACUAUUUUCUACGUUAUGGAGAUGAUUUUCGGCCAUAUCUAGUUAGGAGAAAGCAUGGCAAUAAAAUGUCAUUUGAUGAAUGUGUUCAAAAGAAGCAAGCUGAUUGUGAUCCAAAUAAUAUGUGGUUACAAAUACCAUUUUUUUGUGGCCAUGCUUAUGAAUGCUGGAUACCGGGCAAUGAAUGGGCAUUAAAUGAAGCCAAAAAGAAUUUAAUCAAUCAUUAUUUAUUAGUAGGUGUCACAGAGGAAUUAGAAGAUUUUGUUGCAAUAUUAGAGGCAACAUUACCACGCAUAUUUAAAGGUGCUACUGAACACUUCUUAAAAAGCAAUAAAACACAUUUACGUAAAACUGCACAAAAAAUCUUACCAUCAAAUAAAACUGUUGAAGAAAUUAAACAAUCACCUGUAUGGAAAAUGGAGAAUGAAUUAUACGAAUUUGCAUUGGAACAAUUUCAUUUUGUGAAACGACGUGUUUUACAAAAUGGUGGCGACAAAGUUGCAAAUCCUCAGAAAUAUAUUUAUGAAAAAAUUCGACCAAAAUAAAUUAAUCUUUUAUAUAUAACGUAUAUAACGUAAUAUCUUCUUCCUGCCUGAUUUUAUUAAUACAUUUAUUGAUGCGUUUAAUUUGUUAACCAAA